ACAACUCCCGGCAGGCGCGGGCAGCCCUGCCCCGGGCGGCCUCCAGCUCCCGGCGUGCCGAGCCCGAGCCGAGCCGGGCAGUGCCGGGCGGUGCUGCCCUCCCUCGGUGCAGCACCAGCGGGACCGAGCCGAGCCGGGCCGGGCCGGGCCGAGCCGGGGUCACCUCCGUGCCUGGUGGGCGCCCGUGGCCCCCCGCCCCCCCGCUGCACCAUGGCGUCCCGCAUCGGGCUGCGGAUGGAGCUGAUGAAGCAGCAGGCGCAGCAGGAGGCCGAGAGGGAGCGCAUGCAGCAGCAGAUGAUGAUGAACUACAUGCAGCAGCAGCGGAUGCCGGUGGCCUCCAGCCCGGCCAUCAACACCCCCGUCCACUACCAGUCCCCGCCGCCCGUGCCCGGAGAGGUCCUCAAGGUGCAGUCCUAUUUAGAGAACCCCACCACCUACCACCUGCAGAAGUCGCGGGAUAAAAAGGUGCAGGCGUACCUCUCCGAGACCUACGGGAACAAAUUCGCCGCCCACGUCAGCCCCGCCAGCCACUCGCCAAAACCCCCUCCGGCCGCGUCCCCCGGCGUGCGGCCCGGCCACGUCCUCUCCUCCUCGGCGGGCAACAGCGCGCCCAACAGCCCCAUGGCCAUGCUCAACAUCGGCUCCAACCCCGAGAGGGAGUUCGAUGAGGUCAUCGAUGACAUCAUGCGCCUGGAUGAUGUUUUGGGGUAUAUGAACCCCGAAGUCCACAUGCCCAACACGCUGCCGAUGUCCAGCAGUCACAUGAAUGUGUACAGCGGGGACCCCCAGGUGACCGCCUCGCUCGUCGGGGUCACCAGCAGCUCCUGCCCCGCCGACCUCACCCAGAAGAGAGAGCUGACAGAUGCCGAGAGCCGAGCCCUGGCAAAGGAGCGCCAGAAGAAAGACAAUCACAACCUGAUUGAGAGGCGGCGAAGGUUCAACAUCAACGACCGCAUCAAGGAGCUGGGGAUGCUGAUCCCCAAAGCCAACGACCUGGACGUGCGCUGGAACAAAGGGACGAUCCUGAAGGCUUCGGUGGACUACAUCAAGAGGAUGCAGAAGGACUUGCAGAGGUCGCGGGACCUGGAGAACCACUCGCGGCGGCUGGAGAUGACGAACAAGCAGCUGCUGCUCCGCAUCCAGGAGCUGGAGAUGCAGGCGCGCGUCCACGGGCUGCCCACCUCCUCGCCCUCGGGUGUCAACGUGGCUGAGCUGGCCCAGCAGGUGGUGAAGCAAGAAGCCGGCGGGGACGAGGGGACGCUGGAGCCGCUGCUGCCCCCCCAGGACCCCGAAUCUCAGCCGACGCUGCCUGCGCCGCCGCAGUCUCCCUACCACCAGCUGGACUUUACCCACAGCCUGAGCUUCGACGACGGCUCCCGGGGCUUCCCGGAUAGCCUGGAGCCCGGCCACGGCGCUUCUUUCCCUUCGCUCUCCAAGAAGGAGCUGGACUUGAUGCUGAUGCAGGACACCAUGCUGCCCCUGGCCUCCGACCCCUUGUUCUCGGCCAUGUCCCCGGAGGCCUCCAAGGCCAGCAGUCGCCGCAGCAGCUUCAGCAUGGAGGACGCGGACAUGCUGUGACCAGGAGCUGCGCCCGCGCUGGGGGCGAGGACUGAGGGCCUUCGAGUUUGGUUGCUGAAGUCACGGCGAGCUCUUCCUCCCCUCCCCGGAGGAGGAGGAGCCCGUCCCGCCGAGCACUUGAAUCUACGUAGGAGUACAUUUUCUCUAUGCAAUGGGGUGGGGGUGGGAGGGGGCUCGCUUCAAGGCUCGCCGGGUACCGCCACGUCUUUUUGCAAGCUUUUUAUUUUAUUUUAUUUUAUUAUUUUAUUUUCGCCCGGAGCUGGAGCCGACCUUCUUGGCUUGCCAUGGCAUUGGCCUGACUGCAGCUUUCCCAGCCCCUCGGCUGCUUUUCGCCUUGCAGCAAAACCCUCUGGGACCUCACUCCUUCCCCGGGGCUUGGAGGGGAGCGAGGAGCCCCCCAGUCCCCGGAGGGAGAGGAUGCUCAGAGCUUUUUGCCUUGCCGCCCCCUCGCCCCCCUCCCAGCUCCGGUGGCCCCACAGAUGCCAUCGGUGGCUGUGUCACGCUGCCACCUCCCCGUGGGGGCUUCUCCUUCCCUGCUGGGGGGGCAGGAGCGGUGCUGCCCGCCCCCACCAACCUCCUCCUCUGGGUAGUGGGGAGAGCAAAUUAAUUCACGAGGCACGGGAGGGGUCCUGUGAAUUUUGUUGCUUGGUGUCCCGGGGUUUGUUCGGGUGUGCAGCUCCUCCACAGCUCGUGCAAACCCUUUGGGGGGGGGUCUGGCAGCACCCCAAACCCCGCUGUCACCUGGGCACCGGUGACAUUCACCGGGAGCUGGGGCCAGGGGGGUGAGCUGCCCAACGCGAAAACGCUGCUCUGACUUGUUGGGAAACCUAAAGCGGGGUGCAGGGGAAAGCUGGAGAGAGGAGACCCCUUUGCCAAACCCCAUUAGAGCACGGCGUUACCCCCCCCCGGGCUGCGGGAGGUUGGGUGUUGGAGAGGGCGGGUGCACGGCCAGGAGCUCGUAUGGGGACGAGGGUCACGUUGUGCACCGAGGACGGGGAAUGUCGUGGCUGGCGGGGUCAGGACGCGAUGGGAAAGCGGGAUGGAGAAGGAGCAACGAGGUGGGGGCGCGGGGUGGCACGUGGGGUGGCCCCGGCGCCCCCCGGAGAAGCUCCCAUGGGACGUGGAGGGUGCGGGGAAGUGCGGGGACGAGAGGAGGGAAGGGGCAGAGAGGUGCUGGCGGUGCCAGGCAGGGGCAGGCGAGCAAGGGGAUGGGGGGGACACACCGGCUGGGUGGGAUGCACGCCGGUGGGUUUGGGGCCGUUUCACCCCAAAAUCUUCACAGGAGGCCUUGGCGUCCUUGGUGCGCUGCCGUUAGUGCCUGUAAAGAGACUGAUCCUGGCGGGCGGUGCCCCCGCGCUGUGCCACCACCAAGCCCUGUGGGAUUUACCGUGGCCAUAAAACGGUUGCACCAAAGCCCCCCCGUGCUGCUAUAUGGCACGCGGGGGGCUGGCUGGGGCCCCCACCGGUGGUCGUCCGCAUCCCCCCCCCCCCCAGGCCGUGAGUUAGCAGUUGUGGAUUAUUAUUAUUAUUAUUAUUAUUUUUUAAUCUUUUUGGGGUUUUUGUUUGUCUUUUUUUUUUUUUUUUUUUUUUUUAAUGCACUGUGCUCUGAUUAAAAAAUUUUACUACUGUUUUAUAAAGAAAUGUAUAAAAGAAUGAACUGGAAUGGAAGAAGAAUCAUUAAAAUAUAUUUAUUUACAACACGCCGGA